AUGCGAACGACCAUGCGGACUAAUGACGCUUCGCGACAAUCUUCAACCAGGGUGGGAGCCUCAGACUCAAGGUCUGGUCCUUCUAGGAGGGCGUCCACUUCGAAUGCACAGCCUGGAGCUGUUGCUGGAGCUCGCGCCGCCUACACAAGGCCUGCACGACCAACGCCCAUCUACGGGCCACCGCCACCGAUGCGCACAGAAUCUGCGCUAAGUAAGAUGUACGAGAGGACCGUCAAAGCAAAGGACACCGUCCGAGACAAAUGCUCCACGAAAGCAGGCUCGGUCAUGCCUGUCGUCAACAAUCUUGGUAAGAAGGCGUCCAGAGCUGCAAGCAAUGCUCGGGCCUCUGUUAACGAUUUCAUCAGAGCUAACAGACGACGCAGACCUCAUGGAUACAACCAGAGCAUGAUCGGCGGUCAAGAAUCUACCAGGAUCGCAACCGCCGAUGCUAUUGCUCUCCAGAACAUCGAGACCGUACCAGUCUUUGUGGCUCGAGAUCGGCCUGCUGUAGACGGCUUUGCCGUUGCUAACUCUUCAGCGAACCAACCUGCUACACAAUCCCAACAAAAUGCAACAGAGACUGUCCGAGAGCUUCGCGUCAACGAGACAGCUCUUGCUGCACUCGAAGGUAGACCCGACCCAUUCAGCCAAGUGCCCCGUCGCGGUCUAGUCAACACCAUCGACAGGGCUAGGAUGCGAAGAGAGGUCAACAUCCCUAGACGUCAAGCACCACCGCCAAGCCCUCCGUUGCCGCUUUAUAAGGAACAUCCAACGCCAACGCCGACUUACAGAUCCUGCUUCUCUUCUGGUCGGCCCUCGUGCAAAGACGUCACUUUCGAGAACAACCACGACAGAAGAGUGACGCUGUGGGAUAUGGCGGCUCCGGCACCCGACAAGACACCGGAUCAGUCACCAACGGAUACAAUGACGGAGGCCACAGUAGCGGCCGUAGCGGGUCCAUCCAGACCAGUCGCCACUGAGCUCGUCAAUCCGCGAGCGAUCAACCUCGAUAAGCCUGUUCCAGACUCUCCAGAGAGCAGUUUCGAGUGGCCGUCUGGGAUGAUCCCUCUCACUAUCGCAGUGCAGGAGAAGAUCGUAACAAAGGAAGCAGCUGCCGCGGUCAAGGCAGACAAUCCGCACGGCAAGCACCUCGUGCCAGCACCAGCGGGGUACCAGCCUCGUUGA